AUGUCUACCCUAUGCGGACAAAAAUCUCGUGUUACCACGGCUAUUGGUACAUUAACCAAGAUGAUUUCCGCUGUCGAUUCUUCCUACUUGACUGCACUUAUACUCCAGAAGUUCAACUGCGAAACAUUCUUCGCCGUCAAGGAGCAAUAUCAGCCGCCAAGUUCGCAAUGGAGAGAGAGAAAAUUGGAAAUCCUCAAGGAACUCUACGAGUUAUUUUUACUUCACAUCCAGACUCAGACAGAUCGCGCAACUGUUAGUGAGGACUUCGAUCAAUUUUGGAAUGAAGUGCAAGGCGAUAAGCAUGAAUCUGACGCGCUUGAGACCAUCACAGCGUUGGAUACACAGCUCAUGAUGGCUGAAGCCAUUGAGGCUUCACUCCGAUCUCACCAUCAGCUUACCAACAACAUCGUGUAUGCUACCGCCUCGCUAAUCCUAUCCACCUCACCUCUUCGCAACACCUCGCCACGAGAUCAGUAA